AUGGACAGAACGCUUCUUAGAAAAAAGAAAGGAGGAGAUGUUGUUCCAUUCCGAUUAGUUCGAUAUACACCAUCUCCAGAAACACAGCUUCUUGUGACAUCUCGGAAAGAGUUCAGAAUUCGAGUGCCAAUUUCCCCUGUGCAGUCUCCUCACCCUCAUGUAAAAAAACCCUCUUCUACAUCGUUUUCAGGAAAAACAAGCCCAACCCGUGAACUUCUAAAUGAUUUUAAGUCGACGUUAAACGACCAAGGCAAAGUUAUAAGCCCUACAUUUGAUGAAAAUAUCAAUCGCUUGCAGAAUCUCCAAUGGGUUAAAUCUUUGGAUACUAGACAUUCUUUACCAUCGUCCAGCCCAAAGCCAGCCUCAAUUUCUAAAAUAUUGCAAGACCAGCUUGGAGAUAAAUUCGCUGCUCGGGCAAAUAUUCAAUCUCUUUUUCUACCUCAAAAUAACAGUAAGCGAUCUAAGUUUUCAAAUGAAGAUCAAGUUGCUAAAGAAAAUGAACAAAAUGAUUUUAAAAAAAGAAAAGAGGAAAUAGUCCAUUGAAGCCUAAAAGCAACAAUGGGCUCAAAGCCAAACUCAAGUGAAGGAAGCUCACUUUUCGUGAUAAACAGAAAAAUCUAUAUAUUUGGUGGGCAGUCCAGAGGUAAAGUCACUGAUUUACAUGAGCUAGAUAUGAUAACUGGUGUAUGAAGAAAAGUGAACUCAAAUUACUCUCCAAACGGAAGGCUGGGAUGCUCAUUAGCUGUAUAUAAGAAAAAAAUUAUUUCUUUUGGUGGAUGUUCUGGACAUAGCCAGAACUUAGGAGUCAGAAGAUGCUCUAACAAAUUGUAUGUUUUAAGUUUUGACACCAUGAAUUGGCAACGAUAUCAUGGAGGGGGAUCUAUUCCUACUCCACGAAGAAACCAUGCUUGCACUUUGCUAGGAAAAAGCAUGCUGGUUUAUGGAGGAGUUGACCAGCUUUCCCAUGCCUUGCCUGAUCUAUAUAUUUAUGAUGUAAAAAACAAAGAAUGAUCUCUUCCUGAAGUAAAAGUAUAUGGAGAUCCAGGACCUCGAUCUCAUGCUACACUCACAGCAGUUUUCAAUGAAGCAUUGAAAGUGAAUUUUGACUUUAUUUUGCUAAGCUUAUCUAAAAUGAAGCAAGAAUUAAAUAUAUUGAACAGUGGCUUUUACUUAUUUGGAGGAUUAGAUAGCACAGGAACCCCAACAAAUGCUCUUCAUGGACUUUAUGUCCGUGAUGGGCAGCUAGUCUGAACAGAAGUCCAAUCCUUUGGAAAACCUCCAACUCCUCGAUAUAGCCACUCAGCAUGCUCAAUGAAUGAAAAAUUGUUUAUUUUUGGCGGAAGAAAUGAUUUAUUGUACAAAGAAACUGGAGAAUCAAGCUUAGGAGACCUGCAUAUUUUUAAUGUGGAACAUCUGACCUGGGAGAGUGUUAUAGUCAAUGGAAAUGCACCUGAAGCCAGAUGAGGCCACUGUAUGUGCACUUUUGGGACUAAAAUAUUGAUAUUUGGAGGAAUGACCCACAAGAAGUUUAUGAACGCUGACUUAUACAGCUUAGAAACUAAUAGUGAUUAUGUUGAUGAGCUUUUGAAAUAUGAUAAAGAAAAAACUGUGGCUCCUUCAGUUGAGGUUUAUGCGUCGAUUGGGAGAGGAUUUAAGUCAUUCUUACAGAAGUUUAUGGAUCAGAGCACUCCUAAGACAAAAGAAGAAGAUUAA